GUCUAUACCGAAAAGUUGAAUUAUCUUCAUCCGAGUGUUUCCAAAACUCACAAUUUACAAAUGCAUACAGCUUCCCAAUAGGGUACUCCAAUUAUGGAGAUUCUCGUCACUACUUCGACCCCAAGAUUUCCAUUUCCCCCACACAUCAGUAAAACAUACCGAAGAUGCUCUAUGCCUCAAUUCCUCAAUUGCUCAAGGAACACUAGAGAGAGCAACGGCUUGUCUAAAGCUCCUAUCUCGAGGGAGUUGGGAAGCCUUGAUGUCGAUGAUGAUGGAAAGGAAGAGAGGAAGAGGAAAGACAUAUGGCAGCUGUUUGAAGAAGCUCAGCAGAAUAUCAUGUACUUGAACAAACAGCGUCUCCUGGCCAUGGAAGAGCUCGGGAGGGUAAAUAACGAAAGGAACUCAUUGCUUCAGAGGAUAGAGCAAUUGGAGAUGCAAAAUCAGGCAACUGCUAGAAAAGAUAAACUUAUGAUCAGCUCAGAGUUGCUUCUCAGAAUAGAUGCUUUAGUCCUUAAUGGAGUGAUUGGCAGUACGGAGGCAUCUGAUUUAAGAAGACUAGUGAUUGACUCAAGGGUUGGUUUGGCUGAUGAUAUACAUGACAUUAUUCUCAUGAACGAUGCUGAAUUUCUGGCUGAGCUGCGUCGUUUUUCUAAGACGACCAAAGGGAAUGGGUUCCACAUAAUACAUAUUUGUACAGAAAUGUCACCUGUGGUUUCUGUUGGAUCUUUGGCACCAUACAUCACUGGCUUAUCUUGUGCUCUACAAAGGAAGGGAAAUCUUGUUGAGGUUAUUUUGCCCAAGUAUGCCUGCUUGAACCUGGAUGAAGUUCACGGCUUACGAGAAGUUGAAGCAGAAUUCUACUCAUAUUUUAACGGUCAAUUGCACGGAAACAAGAUCUGGACUGGGGUUGUUUAUGGCAUUGGAGUUACCUUCAUAGAGCCCGUCUAUUAUUCAUCAUUUUUUAGCCACGAUAAAGUAUAUGGUUACUCAAAUGACUUUGAGAGAUUCACCUAUUUCUCUCGUGCUUCACUGGACUAUCUAGUUAAAUUGGGAAAGCGGCCUGAUGUGCUUCAUGUACACAAUUGGCAAACCUCUCUUGUUGGCCCUCUUUUCUGGGAUGUUUUUGUCAAUCAGGGUUUUGAAAGUACUAGGAUAGUAUUGACGUGCCAAGGUUUUGAUUCCCAGUCCCUUGAACAACCUGAAAAGUUGGCACUGUGUGGGCUCGAUCCUUCUACAUUGCUUCGGCCUGAUCGCCUGCAAGAUAACAACAAGUCUCAUCUUGUGAACGUAUUAAAGGGUGGAGUUGUUUACUCUAAUAAAGUGAUAAUAAUGUCGUCUGUUCAUACAAAAGGCCAUAUUAUUAGUGCGCUGGGACAUGGAUUGGAACCCACCUUGGCCAUACACAAGGAAAAGUUGGUUAUUUCUCCUUCUGGAUUUGAUAAAAUGACUUGGGAUCCUUCGCGUGAUAAUUUUCUUCCACAACACUACAGUGCAGAUGAUAUGGAGGGGAAAUUGAUCUGCAAAUUUGCAUUGCAACGGCAUUUGGGUUUAGAAGAAGGAGCAUCAAACAUACUCGUUGGAUGCAUUUACAUAGGCAUGUCAGAGGACUUUGACAAGAUGAAAAAACUUUGUUGGAUGGCUUCCAGCAAGGGAGUUCAGUUCGUUUUCAUGAGAUAUGGCCAAAUACCCGGUAUGACGACGUCAUUUGAGAAUUUUCAGGCUGAGGUGAGGGAUAAAAAUGUGAGGUUCAUUGAUGAAUAUGAUGAGGGACUAUCACAUUUGAUCAUAUCAGGAUCUGACAUAAUGCUUUGCCCAUCUCUUGAUGAUCAUCUGCUUCAAGUGCCCCUGAAGGCCAUAAAAUAUGGAACGGCUCCUAUACCUGUAAACUUCCCUGACAGCAGAUUCAGAGACUUUGGAAAUGAUAGUAGCAAAAGAAGUAGAUUCGCACAGUAUAUCAACUCUACAUUUGGGAAUAUGUCUCUUGGCCAAGCGUUAGAUGAAAUUAAGAACAAUCCAUUAGAGUGGAAUAGAAGGAUAAAAGAUGGGAUGAAGAAGGAUUUUUCGUGGGAGUCGGAAUGCGCGGAGGUGCAUAUUUCUGCAUACGAAGUAGUGAAGAAGUUGUGACAGACGGUAGAGGCAGCAAAACAGAUUUUAGAGCUGUGUAGAUAUCAAGGAGGAAAAAGAAGAGGAUUUUCAGAUAGAAUUCAAGCUCUCUGCAUAUUCUAUAGACAAAAAAUGCUAAAGCAAUAUUUUGCUUUUCUCAAUAAACAAGAACUUGUCUGAAUUUUUGGGGUAA